AGUAAAACAAAUUCAAAUUGCAACGGCUUACAACAACUUUUUAACGAGCAACUGGAAAUUAUUUGUUUGUUUAUAACGUCCCUAUAAAUUAAUCGAAACUAUAUUAACUAAUGUUAUAUGUGACGUACAUGUAUGAAUUUUGUAUUACGAAGACUUUUCCACCAUGUUGCAGAAAUGGAAGACUAUCUUAACAAACUGGAUUAACUGUUAUUUCAACGAAAGCCCUACUGAAGAACAAACUGUGAGCUUGGAAUCCAUAAUUAUUAUUAUUUCACACUUGCGUGAGAAUCUAAACUUAGAUGAGUCCAAGUCCUCGGUACUAGAAGCUCAUACUAUCGAGGAGUUCAUCGUAGAGAAGUACCCAGAGUUUAAAUUUGAAAAUGGUACAACAGAGCCGACAAAUGAGGAGGAUGUGUAUAUGGUGGCGUCUUUGCUGUUGUUAUUUGUGUGUGUAAACUCCAAGAAUGUUGACAUAAAGAAUGCUAUGUGCAGCAAACUCAAUGUUGAGGACCAAGAGGUCAUUAUGAAAUUCAGUAAAUAUCUGAUGGAAUACUCCUCUAUAUCUUACAGGAAUGUACAAAAUGCUAUUACAGAAGCUUGUGGGCAAGAUAUGGCAUGCAUAGAGACCACAAACAUGCAAGCGACUGUACCAGAAACGCCCCCGGCGUUGCGUUCCCUUCACAGUGAAGUACGGAGACUGCAAGCAGCGUUGGAUGCAGAACGGUUUGAUCGCAACUACUUGCAAGAUGAACUGGCUCGAACUAAUUUGAAACUAGAAAAAUUAUUAAAAGACAAACAACAAUAUAAACUGGACAUGGUCGCCCUGAAGUCCAAAAUAUCUCUAUGUUCUUGUGCGCAAGAGGUGGACUCCAAGACUGAAAGUGGAGAUGAGAAUAUAGGCAAGCUUCGGAGGCAGCUGCAGCAAAUGGAAGAGCGACUGGUAGAGAUCCAGGGGCAGCUUGAUGAUGUCAUGUAUGAGAGGGAUACAUACAAAACUAAGUUGGAUGAAAUGAAAGAAGAGCGAGACAAGUGGCUCGCGCUCAGCCAGCAGGAGACAACUCGAGUCAGUGAGCUAACCAGCGAGCUGGAACUCGAGCGUCAACAAGUGGUGACACUGAAGCAGUUGUUGACUGAGCUGCGUCAACACAACCAGCUGAACAGACUUGAUGCGAGCCAGUGUGAGAUCGAUGAUCCUGAUAAUAGCAUCCGUUCGAUGCACAACUUGUCGGUUUGUAGUGAGGUGUGUGUUAAUGUUGUUGAAGUUCAGCUGGGGGAAGAGAGAGCAAAGGUUGUAUCUCUCAAACAACUCAUCCAAGGUUUAGAGGAACAGUUAAAUGACUUAAAAAGGAAGAGUGAAGAAGAAAAGCAAUCCUUACAAAAAGUUGUCUCUGAGAGGGAAAAUGAUAUAUUCAACCUGAAACAUCGCAUUAACGAGGAGAUUGAAGAGAAAAACAAUCUAAAAGAACAAUUUAGUGAUCAAAUAAGCAGGCUUAACAAUGAAAUCAAUGAACUUGAACAGAAACUGAUAGACAACAUGGAACAAUCCAGAAGGGUAAUUGAAGGAAGGAUGCAAGAGAUUCAAACACUGCAAGAAGAGAAACUAUCUUUACUGCAAAGCCUUACAAAUGAAACUACGAAACUUGAUAAUAUUAUCACGAGUCUUGUAUCGGAAUUAGAUUCAGAGAAGAGUUCUAAAGCCAUCUUGAAGGAAGACUAUGAGAACAACAUGAUGAAGUUGAAUGAGAAAGUUUUGAAUAGGAAUAACGAAUUGGUUGAGCUGCAGAAUAAGAUUUCUGUGGCAGGCGAGCGUCUAGAGGCCCUCCACGCGGAACUUCGUAACGAACGCCAAUCCAAACAAGAUGUCAUCGAAAAGUAUAAUGUAGAAUUAGAACAAGUUAAACAACAAAAAACAGAUAUCGAAAAUCGGUUGCUUCAAAAAACAAAAGAAGUCGAAGAUUUGUCUAUGCAGCUGAUAGAAAUGAAUCGAUAUAAAGACGAACUUAAUAAAACAUUUGAUGAAUGCAAACAAACUAUAGCAGGUUUGCACGUCAAUUGUAAACAAUUAGAAGAAACUAAAGCUGCUUUGGAAAAUGAGAUAGAAAACAGUAAUCUAAAAGUUGAAGAGAUCUUAAAAGAAAUGGAAAAUAUGAGAAACAAGUUCAGUGAGGAAAACAAUAGACUAACGCAAGAUAUUGACGAAAGAAACGCAACAAUAAAUACUCUUCAAACACAACUUCAGAAUGAAAUUGAAUACAAAAUGAAGAUUCAGCAGGAACUGACUCUUUUAGAAGCAACUAGAGUAUCUCUAUUAGAGGAUAUCAAUGGAUUGAAAUCAGAAUUGUUGAAGUUGAAAAAUGAAAUGCAAGACAAAGAUAAGACUAUUGAUGGUCUAGAUCUUUAUGUACAAGAAGAAAAAAAUAAUAAUGUGAAACUGAAGGCUAACUGUGAGAAAUUAAAUGAAAAACUAAAAGCAGCGAUGAAUGAUGUUGUUAUUAAGGAAAACCAUAUAAAACAAGUGCAAAGUACUUUACAGAAUAAAAUGCAUUAUUAUGAUGAUGAAAUUCGUAAAUAUAAUGAUAGUAUGACUCUCGAACACAAAAAGUUGCUAUCGGUUAUUGAAGAGAAAGGUAAAAUUCAAAUUGAACAGGAGUAUUUAACUAAAGAAAAAAAUAGAUUAGAAAGUAUUUUAAAUGAAAAAAAUAUUGAAUUAUCACAGUUACGAACUGAGUGUGAGAAUUUGACGGAAUUCGUGAAAGAAAACAAAUUGGUAAUUGAAUCAUUAGAAGAAAAGUUAAAACAAGAAACAUCACGCCGCGUCGAAAUAGGUAAUGCGUUUGAUACUGAGACCUCUCGUCUUAUGGCCCGACUCAAUGAAACUGAAAAAUCUAUGAAAAAGCUGAAAUCCAAGUCAAAUAAAAAUAUCGAGGAUAAAGAACUAGAGGUCAAAUCUCUCAACAUAGAUCUAGGAAAGCUGCAGAAAACAAUCACAUCUGACAGAGAAAAUAUUGUUACAUUGAAAAGGGAGAAAGAUGCGUUAGUAAGUAAACUGAAGGAAGAGGUGAACUAUAGGAAUAAUUUGGAAAAGGAGUAUCAAAAUAAGUGCGGAAAUAUGUCAGAUGUGUGUGCUCAACUAAAUAUGCAAAUAGAAAAAUUAAAGGCUGAAGGCGCGGACAUGUUACAGACUAUCAAGGAUAAAGAAAAAGAAAUCUGUAAUCUUGAAGCGAAAGUGUUUAUGUUAGAUGAACAACUCAAAAACGAAAUUCAACACAGAACUCAAGCAAUAGACAUUUUAGAAAAAGAGAAGGAACAGUUACAUUUCGUCAUUGAAGAAGACAACAGUAAUCAUGAAGUAAUAUUGAAAGAAAAAGACACUAUUAUUGAACAAUUGGAAGAGGAGCUCAAGGUUGGGUCGAUUCAGUUGGCGGCUUUACAGAAAGAUUAUGAACAGACUGUAUUUACGUUUGAAAAGUGUAAAGUUAACACACAGGAAGUUAUUGAAGCGAAAGAUAAUCAUAUAAAAGAAUUAGAGAGUAGUAUUGAACAAUUAAAACAGGCUAUUCAAGCAAAUUCUGAUGAAAUGAAAAUCAUGGAAGGACAGAUGAUUCAUCAAAUAGAAGGACUGCUCAAAGAUGUAGAACUAUACAAAGGUCAAUUGGCAGAAGAAAAAGCAAUAAAAGAUACAUUAGAAAAUGAAAAGAGUUUAUUGGCCGAACAUAAAGAUUUAUUAGAGCGACAAGUGAAUACCUUGAUUGCAGAUAUUAAUGCUGUAAAAACUGAUCAAGACGCAUUGGAGAAAAAGAACGCCAUUUUAAGUCAGCAGAUUAUGGAAGAAAAAUCCGUUCGUGAGGUUUCAGAAGAACAAAUAAAAAAAUUGCAGCUUGAAAAAUCUAAUCUUGAGCUGGAAUUGGCGAAAGAAAUUUCUAUUAAAAAACAACUGGUUGAUGACAAAGAAUGUCUGACGCAACAACUGGUCGAAGAGAAAUCGGCAAAAGAACUCGCAGACCAAGAAAAACAGAUAGUUUUGAAAGCAAAAGAAGAGUUUGAGAGCAAAUUCUCGCACGAUAAAGAUGAUUAUUCGAAGCAAAUAGUUAAAUUACUUGAAGAUAUUGCCCUUUUGAAUCGAGAACUUGAAAAUGAGAGAACUGCCAAGCAAGCAUUGACAAAAGAAAUAGAAAGAUUAAUGGAGGAGUCUAAAGAACAUGACAUUUCAAAAGAGAGAUGGGUCGAAGAAAAUAAUAAGCUGUGUGUGUCGAAUGGUACCCUUACUAUUGAUGUGGAGGAAUCUAAACAAAACUAUGUCAAAUUAUUAGAAGAACAUCAAAAACUAGUUGAUGAGAAGGAACGUGUUGAAAAAAUGAUGAACGAAUUGCAAGUGGCUGUAGACCAAAUAAAAAACGAAAAAGAAAAUGUUGAAAAGUUACUGAUGAAUACGCGCGAAAUGAAUGAUCGGUAUGCAUCGGAAAUAAAAGAGAAACAAGAGAAGUUGAUGGAGCUUGAUCAGCACAUAGCAGGCCUGAUGAAGGAAUGCCAAGGCAAGGAAGAAUGUGACACCAAAUGUGCAGCUAUGUUAGAUACCGCUUUAAAAAAUAUAUUAGAAAGUAUCAAAAAAGAACACAUACAAAGUGAUGUGCUGCAAAAACUGAUAAGUGAGAAUAUAGAGAACAAGCAUUAUAAUGAUAAAUGUGAAUGUUUGAUCAACAUUGCUGAUACAUUGGUGUUGGAAUUAUCACUAAGGAAGAAGGCUGAACAGGCAUUGGAAGACGAAAAUUCUUCUCUUGUUGAAAUGAGGGAUUUGGUUCAACAGAAAGAAGUCAUGAUACACGACUUGCAUAAAGAAAAUAAAAGACUGCAAGAUUGUGUGGAAGAAAAUAAAAUUGAAUUAUCAAAAACAAUUGACGCAAAUGCGGCUCUGGAGGCUAAGCAAAGAGACAUGCAAAAACUUCAGCACGAAAACCAAUCACUCCAAAACGAACUGAAUGAUGUGAAAGUACAGUUGGAAGUCAAAGUACACUCACUCAAAGAAAAACUAGUUGACAAUGAACACCUGACGGAGAAACUGAAGAAAACAUAUGAAUGCCAGAUUGAUAAUCUGAAUGUUAUGGUGAAUAAGUUGACUAACUACUUGAAGGACAAAACGGCAGAGUUGGACUGUGUGAGAAGAGAAAGAGACAGGUUGCAGGCGAUUGUAGACGAAAAUGUCCAAGCAAUAAAAACAUUAGAAGAAGAAAUAAAAGCAGAAAAACAGAAUCAAGAGAAACUCAUAACAGAUUUCGAAAACGAGCGCCAGGUCCUCAAAAACAUGGUGACAGUUACGGAGUCCGUUAUGGAAGACCAGAAGAUUGGUCUCAACAAACUUUUAACCGAAUAUACAAAAGGUAACGAGGCAUUGCAAGAAGAGAAAAACAAUUUAAUCAUGAUUCUUGAGGCUGAGAAGAAAAAUGCUGAUUUAAAAAUACAAGAAAAAGAGAGCUUGUUUGAAUCUGUUUUUAAAGAGAUGUCAGCACUUAAAAGCGAUAACGACAGACUUGUAACAGAGAAGGAGAUGGUGGAAAAGGAGAUUGCGAUCAUGAAGGAGAGGGCGAUGUUGAAGGAGUCUCAAAUUCAGACACUGGAGUCACAGAACAAAGAGCUGGAGACUAUUCUAGAUAAAUGCAAAAAUGACAUCGCUCUUAUAGAAGAAAGCAACAAUGCGCUUAUACAGAAAAAGGAUGGCCUACAAGGUGAAUUAAUAGAAAAAGUAGAAAAACUAUCCAAAGAUAUCGAUGGACAUAAUGAACUAUGCAGCAAACUACAGGAUGAAAUUAAAAAGAAAACUGAAGAAAAUACUGUAUUACAACAAAACAUUACCGACUUAAAUGAUAAACUGAGAGAUUUGAAUGACCAGAUAAAUGAAUUAAUCAAAGAGAAAAAUGAAUUUGAAGCGCAAAAUCAGGAAUUGAUGGAAAAAUGUAGGGAAUCUGAAGCAAGUUGUUCGAAAGAAAUAGAUGACAUUAAUAAAUUGACGAAAGAAAACGCACACUUGCUUAAAAUAGUCGAUGAAAACAAGAUUGUGAUAACAAACUUGGAACAGCUGAUCAAACAUGAGUUGGAGCAAAACCAGCAACUACGCGACGACAACGGCAACGACAGAAUCAACCUUACCAACAAAUGCUUCCUCCUGCAAGAAUACCAAAACAAAGCGGAGAAGGAGCUCGACCAGCGGCUGAAAGAGAUAGUCGCAUUACAAGAGGAAGUACGAGAUCUCAAACUGAAGGUGGUUACGCUAGAAGAUGAAAUUGAGAAGAAGACUGAGAUAAUUGCCAAUAUUGCACAAGAAAAGGACGUAGUGAUCGGCACGAUGAGUAAAGAGCUGAGGGAUGAGCAGAUGGAGAGGGAGCGGUGUAAGAAGGAGUUGGAGAAGAUGGAGUUUGAGAUGGAGAGAUGUAAAUUGAAAUUGGAGAGGGCCUCGUGUGACGGGGAAGCGUUGAAGCUGCUAAGGAGAGAGAAUGAAGCGUUGGUGAAGGCCGUAGGUCACGUCGAAACAUACCCCGUCGUCUCGUACGAAAGGGCGUCCAAACACUCGAGCUCAGGCGAAAGGGACGCGCAUCACAAUCAGGUAGAUAACACAUCUGACUACACACAAUCAUCCAUGGAGAGCCUCAAAACCAUAUCAGACUUAGAAAAAAUCAUACACGACAAGAAUAGGACGAUAACACAACUACUAAGUGAUGUUACUUACAUGAAGACUCUCAUGGCGGAAUCGGAAAAUAAACUUUUGGAUGUGACCAAAGAACUAGAAGUUUCCAAAGAGAAUUGCCACCAACUGUCUACGCAGUUGAAGAAAAUAGUUCACCAGAAAAACGAAGAAAUUGCAGAUCUAAAGAAGCAAGUGUCCAAAAUGAGCGUGACGGAGAACAGGGCGACGCAGAUCGUCAAAGUCUCGGCGAAGUACCAGGCGAUCAUACUCAAACGGAUAGCUGAAAUCAAAAAUAAUACCGUACUGAAGGAAUUGACGAAUUACAGUAAUAAUACCAACUGUGAUAAUGAGUUGCGGCGAAGUAUCAACGCGGGAACCAUCACCAUGGAGGAUUUGGAAAACUUUUUAGAGACUACUGAGAGACAUAUCAGAAAAUGUUCAGAAAAGCAGCUGGCCUUGCAAAAAGAACGCGACAGACUGACCGAGGUCAAUAGAAUAAACGAGUCUGAGAUUAUAAACUUGAAGAAGUUCUUGACUGAGCUAUCGGUUAGCUUCAAAACGUUUAGUAAUAUUAAGGAGUUGUACGCUCAGAAGUUGAGUCGGGUGGUGUCGAUACAGAGGACUGUACGGCGGGAGAUUCUGAGUCUAGACGGGCGAGUGAACGACGCUACGAUGUGCAAGUUGGAGCGGGGCUAUGCUGCCGUGAUGCAAGACUUGUCUGAGUGUUGUAUGAAUAUGGAGAGGUGGGUGGAGCGCUGCCUGGGCAGGACUAUGUCUCCGGAGAAGAUCCAGCAAGCGUUCACGAGCGACAGCGACCGCGCUUCACUCGCCUCCACCACAUUCCAGAACACCAGUCUAGAAGUACAACUGGACGAGUUGGAGAAGUCAUUCCACAAGCUGCUAGAAGAGGUGGUGCGAGCGCAGAAGGGAGAAGGUGCGAGGGACGCCCAAGCGGUGACCGUGAUGGAGGUCCGCGCCGAGUACGAGGACAAACUCAACAGAAUGAAAGCUAAAAUGAAACAACUGUAUCAAGAGCAGAUCUCGGUGUUCCAAGAGAAACAGAAGAAGGAGAUAAUUGCCUUGGAGGCGGAGUUACAAGCGGCUCGCAACAAGCUGGCCGAGUCGAGUAAGGCUUAUGAAGAACAUAUUCGGGGGCUGACCAUGGAGUUAUGGGACGUCGGCCAGAAGUUCCUCGUGAAGAAGGACGAGGCGGAGUGGCUCAGGAAGAAGCACCGGUCAGGGUCGCUGAUGUCGUUACAACAUGUACAUUCGUCGGGGCUGGUGCGGCCGCAGGAGGAGCCCCCGCCGCGGCCCUCGGACUCCCACUCGCUGCGCUCGCUGCCCGCCACCAACAACGCUAACACCAACACCGCCACUAACACAAAAAAACGAGACGGCCGUGGACUGCACAUGUCUGAUGAAGAAGGAGAGGUGUUUGACAACCGCUUCCUCAAAGAGCUGUCGUCUACCCCCCGCCGGCCGCCGUCGCCCCGCGAAUCUGGCCUCAGGCUUUCCGAACUUCGCUGGAGGAACUCAUUAUGUCCUCCACAUCUGAAGAGUUCCUAUCCCGCCGAGACGCAGUUCGCGCCCGUCGUUGAUGAAGAGGAUAUCAAGUGUGGUCGCGGGCCGCAGCGCAAGGAGGUGGGCAUCACGGCGUACAAGAAGCCCGGCCCGCCCACUCCCAGCAAACAGGCCGGCCGCCUCUCCGCCACGGACUGUGAGCUCCGCGAGUCCCUCCGCGUGGAAACAGACCCUCAGCCGAGCGCCUCCCGCAAGACUAGCACCCCGUCCCGGAUCCGCGCACUAUUCAAGAGACACGACACCACCGAUGGCACCCCUCGCUCCAAACGACUAAGUAUUUUCCGGAAGAAGUGAUGAGUCAUCAUUUUGUUCGUCUUCACGAAAUUGUUGAAUAAAUUCAUUAAUUUAUUUUUUAA